GAGUCUGGGUGAGCCGCUGGUCAAAGAGGAGCUCCAACUCAACUGGUCAGCCAAAGCUUUUGUCCGUUUGAUAUUCCCAGCAAAGACCUUCUACAGGGAAAGACUACUUUUGAACACGCAAUCAAAAGCUUUGUGAAAACAAGAACUUUUGUAUAGAAAAUGGCAAAAGUGAAUUUGAGCGUAGUGGUUUUUGGGCUCACACUGCUCCUGUUGGCAGAGACAUGGGCCCAGAAUCCCAGGAAGAGACUGGCACCUCCGAAGCCUCCCAAGGCUCAGUGCUGCGAUGAGGUGCGCUCUCUCAAGGUCCAGGUGGCCAAUCUGACCAGUCUCCUCGAGGAGAUGAGUCGCAAGCAGGAGACCGACUUGAUGAGCGUUGUGAGGCAAGUAAUGGAGCUGGACAAGCAGAACCGGCAGCAAGAAGCCAGGGUCACGGAGGCAGAGAGCAAGUACUCAGAGAUCAACAACCGUGUGGAGAUCAUGCAGCUCCAAACCCUGCAGUCUGCCACUCAGACUUCAUCAGAUGCCACAUAUGACUGCGCAUCCCUGUACAGCAAGAACUACAAGAUCUCUGGAGAGUACAAACUGCCUAAAGAUGAGUUUCUGGGUACACCUGAGCUGAGCGUCUUCUGUGAUAUGGAUACAAAUGGAGGUGGUUGGACUCUGAUCCAAAGGCGCAAAGUCGGCCUGACAUCAUUCAACCGUGACUGGAAGCAGUAUAAAAGUGGAUUUGGAUCCAUCCGCGGAGACUUCUGGCUAGGCAAUGACCACAUCUUCCGUCUAACAAGGCAGCCCAGUGUGCUCAGGAUUGAGAUGGAGGACUGGGAAGGACAGACACGCUAUGCUGACUAUGGCUUUUUCACUGUGAGUAAUGAGCUCAACAGCUACAAGCUCUUCCUUGCCAACUACAGUGGGAACGCUGGAGACUCCCUGCGCUACCACAACAACACCAACUUCAGCACCAUGAGCAAGGACAAUGACAAAUGUGUGGAUGACUGUGCUUCCCUGCGCAAAGGUGGUUACUGGUACAACUGCUGCACUGACUCAAACUUGAAUGGAGUUUUUUACCGCUACGGUCAGCACAUAACAAAGAACCCAGAUGGGAUCAAUUGGUACGGCUGGCAUGGGUCCAACUACUCCCUCAAGAAAGUGGAGAUGAAGGUCCGGCCAGUGGAUUUUCAACCAUAAGUGCUUCAGCUGGGUGUCCUGGACCAAGAUCAUACGCAUGAAUGCUGAGAGAUCUCACUAAUACAUCUUCAACCAAAUUGUGGCUUUCCCCUAGACUGCGAAAGGAAUGAAAAUGUAGUUUGUGAUGGUCUGGUUGAGUUUCAGUCAGAUGAAUGUGUAAUGUUUUUGCCGUGUUUGAUUGUAAAUUGUAGUUCAUUUUGUGUAUUUAUCAGUAAAUAUAUUAUAUUUUUCAAAAAGCUUUGAUAGAUGCUCUUUUACCACUGUCCCGUAUGGGUGACUGGAUUUUGAUUCCUUCUCUCACUUGUCUUGAAAGCACUAGGAUGUAUUUUUUAGUUAACACAAGCCAUUUAUGGGUAGUAGCAAGAAUCAGUCCAGAGUGGUCUGGUUCAGAUAUAAAUCAUUAAGGACUGGUAGGAACUAAUUAAUAAGGAUCUUUGUGAGUUGCUGGAAUGGGAUCAACCACCAAAGGUAUUUCCUAUGAAUUACUCUGCAUUUUAUUGUAAAACCCUAACCAUUGAUGACGGAAAUGAGUCAUUUGUAAAAUGUGUACAGCUCUGUAAUUAUGUUGUGUUAUGUGAU